CCGCCAUAUUGCUUUCUUGUGUUUUUCAGAUCAGUGCCCCCUGAGCUGAGGAAGAGGUGAUGAAGAGAGGACGCCAUUUUACACCAUUGGGAUACAGUCAUAGAUCUGCCAGUUUUUCUUACAACUAUGUGGGGACGGACCACCUGGUUCUAACCGGGUUUACGGACAAUUUACAGAAUAUGCCUCAUGCUCCUCGGUAGUCCAAAACCUGGGCGGACCGCGUUCAGAUCAACGUGGUUUCCCCAAAUCAGCGCGGUUUCCAUCUGCAGCUGCAGGAAGCAUAAAGGACAGAGAAAGGCAAGACAGCCAGCUCGAGGCCCGUCUUUACUACCAUGCAGCGGCCGGGUGGUCGCCAUCGCCACAAUGGCCACUCUCUGCUCCGCAAUAACAAUUCCAUGAUCUCAUACAUCGCUUCUCCUCCACCGCGCGCUUCCUCCACCGGCGCCUAUGCGGAAUACUCCACCAACAACAACAGGCCGAUAAAGCCCGAGCUGGUCUGCAAAUGGACGGACCACGAGCACCGUGACCGAACUUCAAAACAAAGGAUAUGCGACCAAACUUUCAGCUCCAUGCACGAGCUGGUGGACCACGUAAGCACAGAGCACGUCGCUGGGCUCGAGCCCCUGAGCCAUGUUUGUAUGUGGGAAGAAUGCCUGAGAGAAGGAAAGGCGUUUAAAGCCAAAUAUAAACUGAUUAACCACAUCAGGGUACACACUGGGGAGAAACCGUUCUCCUGCACUUUCCCAGACUGCGGGAAAGUGUUCGCUCGGUCAGAAAACCUCAAGAUUCACACGCGCACGCAUACAGGUGAGAAGCCAUUUCAGUGUGAGUUCCCCGGCUGCCUGCGGAAAUUUGCCAACAGCAGUGACCGUAAGAAGCACUCGCAGGUCCACACCAGCGCCAAACCGUACGACUGCAAGUCCCACGGCUGCUUCAAGUCCUACACACACCCCAGCUCCCUCAGAAAACACAUGAAGAUCCACCUCAACGCACUCAAGUCCUCUCCUACCUCCGAACCCAUAGACCUGUCAUUCACAGGGAUUCUUGGGAAACGUAGUUCCCAGGAUUACGUAGCUUCACGGACUAACUGCUCCUCCUCCAGGCUCUCGCUGCCUCCCGCGGUGUCCAACAUGAAGGAGUGGUACGUGUGCACCAGGACCACAGGUCAGGGACAGAACUACCUCCAACUCACAGCAGACCAGAUCAAGUCAGAACCGUGUAGUGGUGAUGAGGACUAUUAUAACACCACGUAGUCGCAGCAGAACGCUGUGCAUUAUGGGCUGUGUCGACUACAAUGAAUCCUAAAAACAUGGAUAGAAGCUGUAAGAACAUAACAUGCGUAUCAGUAUGGCGAUGUGAUUAUUUAAAACACUUAUUAUUAUUUUUUUAACAUUUAUUUAACUAGGCUAGUCAGUUAAGGACAAACUCUUAUUUACAAUGACGGCGUCCCCCGGCCAAACCCAGACAACGCUGGGCCAAUUGUGCGCCACCCUAUGGGACUCCCAAUCACGGCCGGAUGUGAUACAGCCUGGAUUCGAACCAAGGACUGUAGUGACGCAACUCUUGCACUGAGAUGCAUUGCCUUAGACCGCUGCGCCACUCUGAAGCGAUGAUCAUAACAUACCUACCCUGUCAAUAUGGAGAUUGACAGAUGUAAUGGAGACUUACUGUAUGUGUGAAUGUCUGGGCCAGUGUUCAUAAAGCGUCAUGUCAGAGUGCUGAUCUGGGGUCAGUUUAACCGUUUAGAUAAUAAUGAAAACUAGAGAGGACCAGAUCCUAGUGCUGAUCUGGGAUCAGUUUAGCCUUUUUAAAUCAUAUUGAAAAAGAUUGCAUUAGACAAGGAGGACCUGAUCCUGGAUCAGCACUCUGAGACGCUUUAUGAGUACAGGCCCUGAUGUCAGUGUAUUAUCUAAUGAGAAGCAGUAGCCAUGAAAUGUAUUGCCAUAAGAGAUUAAAGACAACAUCCCUCUGACACCCAGGGGCCCGUAUUCACAAAGCGUCUCAGAGAAGGACAGCUGAUCCAGGAUUUAAAAGACAAAACUGCUUUGUAAAUACGGGGCCUGAUCAGAGUUAGAUUCUUAAAGAUAGUUGAGCUGCGCUUGAUUUACCUUUUUGGAGUUGGCACUUUUCUGAUUAGUCCAUAGGUUCCUGUGUACCAGGUAAACUAAAUCAAGCGCAUCUCAAGUAUUUAACAAAUGUAAUGGACUCAUGUCUGGUUGUAUAGCUACGCAUACUAAAGCAGAGUGUUCCGGUGCAGUAAUGUAAACAUAAAGGUACCUCUGAGACGGAUUGCUUCCUUCAAUAACUGUCAGAUAGAAUCUCUAAAGACUACUUCCAAUGGAAGAAAUGGUUCCCGUUCCCCAUUCCAGCAGCUAUAGAAGCCAUGAUAUGAUGUAGUUAAUGACGGGUGCAAACCGUGAUGGUUUAGUUGAACUCUGAAUGUGAGAAAUGUUGCCACAACCUCAUGAUGAGUCAGACUCUGUUUACAUGUGACUGUACUGAUCAGUGUGGUGGUCGCUGCUGUGUUGAUUUACAGUGACGAGGUUUAUUAGAUUAUCUGGAACAUGUUAUUAUUGUGUUUAAAUCUAUUUUCUCAGCCUUUCAUAGUGCCUCAUUAAACCCUAUUCCCACAUUGAUAUACGUCUAUUGUUUAGCUGUUAAUUACCACACAACAGAUUCAUCCUAUAUCUAUACUAAUAACAGCUUAUUUCAGUCAGACAAAUAUGUUUUCUAUGUGGUCAAAGUGAAUAGAAUCUGUGUGUAUAAAUAAUAAUAAAUACUCAUAAUUUCCCCCAGAAGUAA